AUGGUUCUAUACCGAUACCCUUCUUGUGUUACAGAUGCGAGAGAACAAGCGGCGAUCGUUAGUGCAAUGAGAAAAUUGGAAAGUGCAGUUUCGAUUAAAAAUAAAAUUUGUGUCGGACAAAAUUGGAGGGGAAAAUUAGAAUUAACUUUAUCACGUAAUGGGUGUAUCCAUGAAGGCACCAUUGUGCAUGAAUUGAUGCACACAUUAGGAUUUUGGCAUGAACAAUCACGACCUGAUCGAGAUUUAUAUGUAACUGUAAAUUAUGCUAAUGUGCAAAAAGGUUUGGAACAUGCGUUUAAUAAAUAUACGACUACAGUUGAUACACAAGGGACACCUUACGAUUAUGGAAGUUUAAUGCAUUACGGUACAGACUAUUUUAGUUCAAAUGUUGAGCCAAGUAAGGCUCGUCAGCCCGCUGAUUCUCCCACGAAGUCACGAAGCUGUUCAGCUGAUGUUCUACUUUUUAUUGUACUAUCGGUCGGUAAUUGGAAGCUGGUUGUCCGUAAUAUUCGUAAUCACAGUCCAUACAAAGUAUGGAAUAAACAAGAUUUUUCUCUUUUUCCGUUACAUAUCAAUCUUUUGCAAAGAGAUUAUACACUAUGUACACAUGAAAUAAUACCAAUGAAUAUUCUGUUAUCAGAUGAAAAUGAUAAAUCCACGAAACAUUUAAGUAAAGAAAGUACAAUGUAUAUGUGGUUUCAAAUAUUGAUGGAUUUUAUACUCGAUUUUACAGAAAGAGUAUCGUCACGUGCUAAAACUGAUAUGAUAGACAUCUGUCGUCAAUAUUAUAAAGAUAAUAAAUUUCAAAUUAAGCAAAUAGAUAAAUUUCAAACAGAUUAUAAACCAUCAGAUACUAUUUUGUGGUAUACAAAAGAUUCAUUUGUCUAUCAUUUAUUAAACAAAGCAUUAAGAGCAGAAAAUAUUGAUAUUAUCUAUACACUUCGAAAAUAUGAUUUAGCUGAACGUUAUUAUAAAAUAUUAUUAAAUGAAUUACCAUUAAAUCAUCCACAUGUUUCAUCUGUUUAUUCAAAUAUUGCACUAAUCUAUCAAAAUAAAUAUAAUAUGCAAAUGGCUAUGACAUAUCAUAAUUUAUCAUUAGAUAAACACACAAGUGAAUCGACUAUAGAUCCAUGCUUAUAUAGUAAUAUAGCAACGUCAUAUUAUAUUCAUGGUGAUUAUAAUCAAGUCAUUCUUUAUACGGUAAAAGCACUUAAUGAAUUAGAACAUAUGCCAUUGCAGUUAGGUCAUAAUCGUAUACUAUUUUCAUUUUUAUAUCAUAAUUUAGCUAUGUUUUAUUGCAAAAUAGAUGAUAUAGAAAAUACAUUAGAAUAUGUUAACAAAUUAUCAAAUUUGUGUAGAGGUAUUCCAUCAUAUUUUCCAAAAAUAUCAGCUUAA